AUGGUUGCCGCAAAACUCACUUCGAUGCUCCUCAGCGCUGGCGCGCUCGUCUCUGCUGCCCCGGCUGGCCUUGAAACUCGCGCUGGUUGCACCUUCACUGACGCUGCGUCUGCCAUCAAGGGCAAGACUUCGUGCUCCACCAUUAUCCUCAACAACAUUGCCGUCCCUGCAGGCACCACCCUGGAUCUGACGGGACUCAAGUCUGGCACUACCGUCACCUUCCAAGGCACCACCACAUUUGGCUACACGCCAUGGGCGGGCCCUCUCAUCUCCAUCUCUGGCAGCAGCAUCACGGUCAACGGUGCUUCAGGCCAUGUCAUUGACGGCAACGGCGCUGCGUGGUGGGACGGAAAGGGCAGCAACGGCGGCAAGACCAAGCCCAAGUUCUUCGCAGCCCACUCUCUGACAGGAUCCUCCAUCACGGGCCUCAACAUCAAGAACACACCGGUCCAGGCCUUCUCCAUCAACAACGCCAACAACCUCACACUGGACAAGAUCACGAUUGACAACAGCGCGGGCGACACGCAGGGCGGACACAACACCGACACCUUUGACGUGGGCUCCUCAACAGGCGUCUUCAUCACCAACGCCAACGUCAAGAACCAAGACGACUGUCUUGCCGUAAACUCGGGCACCGACAUCCACUUCACGGGCGGCACGUGCUCAGGCGGCCACGGCAUCUCGAUUGGCUCUGUAGGCGGGCGGUCCGACAACACGGUCAAGAACGUGAUUGUAUCGGGCUCUACGAUCGUCAAUUCGGACAACGGCGUGCGCAUCAAGACGGUCUCGGGCGCGACGGGCUCCGUCUCGGGCGUGACGUACAAGGACAUUACGCUGCAGAACAUUGCCAAGUACGGCAUUGUCAUUGAGCAGGACUGCGAGAACGGCAAGCCCACGGGCACCCCGACUACCGGCGUCCCCAUCACCGGUCUCACCAUCCAGGGCGUCACGGGCACCGUCGCCUCGUCCGGCACUGACGUCUACAUUCUCUGUGGCGCAGGCAGCUGCUCCGGCUGGACCUGGUCCGGCGUCAGCAUCACCGGUGGAAAGAAAGACCCCAAUGCCUGCCGGAACGUGCCUACAGGUGCUUCUUGCUAA